GGGAUGUCACCCCUGAGCCAGGAGAGGGACAAUGGGAAUCCUAACAAUGGGGGCUACAGCCAGGCUUACACCCCUGCAGAUGGCAUUUUGGGGCAGGAAGAGUCUGGGCUCUGCUUGGUCCAUGUGGCCUGGGUGGCCCAAGAUCCUUCCUAAAUGGGCCACGGAAUUCCUGCCCUGCAGGUCAUGGCCUGGUGGCCUGUGCAUCACCAGAAUGGGGACACUGGGCACCGAAUGUGCCCUUCUCACUGAGGCCAUCUGGCUAGCCGGUUGCUGGCCUCCAGGGAUGACGGCCUACAAGGAAGGAAGACUCUGCUCCAAGGCCACCAGCUGGGGCAACCCGCGCUCUGCUUCCACCCAGAGCCGAUUCAGCACCGUGAUCUUCGGCUUUGGUCCUCUCCAACCCGGCUCUUCCUCCCAGUAUGGGGGCCGCAUGGCUGUGGUUGUCCUCAGGAGUGGGGGUGGGGCGACGGCCCCGCGGGGGGCGGGCGGAGGUGUGGAGCUGCGGGAGCCCGCGGUGCACGCGCAGGGGGAUGCUGGGGACUCAGAGAAGCCUCGGGACCCCCAGGACCGCGCCCCACCCGGCCCUCCGAGCUCACCCAGCUCUGCCGCUUCCCCCAGCCCCGGAGGGGCGGGGCCUCGCGGGUGA